UCGGGCGCAUCUCUCUCAGGUUGCUGUCGGGUUUCCAUGCAAAUACGCACCGGGCGGCUCCGCUUCAGUGUUUUAUCUUGAGGGGAAACGGCUACACACAGAAGAAUCAGUGAGUUAGACGGAGAAAAUGCAAGUGUCGGCAAUGGAGAGGAGGAUUUCUACCCUGACUCUGCUCUGUCUGGUGUUGUCAGGCGUUGGUGCCCUCGAUGUGAACAUACCUAAGGAAGUGUAUGAGUAUGCCAGAGGUGACAACAUCACACUGCCCUGCAGCUUUAAACCCAAGGCUACUAACCCCCCAAUGAUCGUCAUCUCAUGGUCUGCUGAGGGUGCACAAGCCAACGCUGAAGAGACCUUGAUCCUCACUUACUAUUCUGGUUCCAAAACCCUUGACAUCAAAUCGCUGUACGAAGGCCGGGUGGCCCUGGACGUAGAUGUUCCCAAGGGAAAGGCCGACCUGAAGCUGUCCUCCAUCACACUAGCAGAGAACAAGGUGUUUGAGUGUCGUGUCCAGAUUCCCGGUGACGAUGAGGGCAAGCCGGCUGACACUGCUCGUGUGGUGGUUCUAGUGGCUCCAUCUACGCCCAUCUGUAAGAUCGAGGGGAAGGCAGAGUACGGCCAAAACAUCAACCUGACCUGUAAGUCUGAGGAAGGCUCGCCGCCACCCACUUACAAGUGGGAUAGUCGAGAUGUCAGGAAUGUACCUCGUGUUCCACUCCCAAGAUCCACAGACAAGGACGGCAUCCUGUCUCUAUUCAAUAUCUCCAGAGAGGCAUCAGGAUUCUACAUCUGCACCUCAGCUAACAAGAUCCGCUCUACUACCUGUAACGUCACCCUUGCGGUCAUGCCACCUUCCAUGAACAUUGGCUCCACUGCAGGGAUCAUUGGUGGAGUUGUUGCCGCUUUGAUCGCACUCAUUAUCAUCAUCUAUUGCUGCUGCUGCCGUAAGAAGAAGAAGGAGGAGGAAUACGCCAUGGGAGUUCGAGGGGAAGAGUACAGCGACAAAGAGCCGCCCAGAAAUGGUGAGAGUCGCCGCGCUGAUGGGCAAGAGGACAAUCAUGGUUAUGAUGACCGUGCGAGGAGUCCUGGCGAUCGCAGUGACCGCUACGAGGAACGGCGCGAGCGCAACUACGAGAACCGUAGGGAUGUCGACAACCGAGGCAGGGAUUAUGACGAUCGGCGCAGCGACUACGAUGAUCGGCGCAGCGACUACGCUGAUCGGCGCAGUGACUACGAUGAUCGGCGCAGCGACUACAACGACCGCCGCAGCGACUACACUGAGCGACGUGACAGGUACAGUGAUCGCAAUGAGCGCUAUGACGAUGAGGGGCGCUAUGAGGAUGACCGCCGCUAUAAUGAUGACCGCAGGGACCGCCGUAAUGAUGACGAUCGCUAUGAGGAGCCCUAUGAUGAUCGCGAUCCUGACAGACCACCCGUGCCAGCCAAUAAGCCACCGAGGAAAGACUACGAUGUCUAAAUUCUCCAACCUGAAUCAGCCACUGUCUUCAGUCUCCUGUUUCAACUCCACUGACUUUACCCCAAUGAGAGCCAGUUACGUCACACUCAAGGUGUGACCUGAUUGGCUCAAACAACAUUUUUGCCACCAUGGAUGUUGUUGUGAAAUAAUUGGCUCGAACACCACAGCUGUACCAGAUCCAAGAGGAAGCAACAUGUGUCAUUUUAUGUUUGAGAUGUAGAACAACUCUGAGUUGUUUGUGGGAGAAUUGGUUGAGGAAGGGUGGGGAACUCAAGAUGGUGGCCACAAAGCUUGAUCUGUUUUCAUAUUUCAGAUUUUGGGGGAGAUGUAGGGGACACACUGCCUGCAAUAUUUAGAUUGGUUUGUCCCCCUCCAAAUAACAAUAUUAAAGUAACAUAGGACUUAUAAAGAAAUAAAGAAAUUUCCACCAUAAAUUAAUGCAGAAGAAGCACAAAUCGGUGCAGAAAAAUACCACCAGAAUCCAGGAAAUUAAGUCGUUGAUACCAAAAUGUCCUACCCUUUAAUGAAGUGGGGGGCACUUCAUAUAUACCAUCCCCCAAAUGUUGAAAUGAAACCUACCCCCUUGUGUGUUUUAAACAGGAGCCCUGUUUUCACCAAACGCUUUUGGUAUGGUACCUUUGGAACCAAAAGUAAUCCUUCAGACUUGGUAACUAGACCCUAGCAUUUCCACCGCAAAC